GGAUUGUACUCCCUAUAUGCACGCGCUACAUCCUGCUUACAGUGAUGGCUCUCUUACGACCUAUGUAGUGCACAUAUAUAGUAAAUAGAGAGCCAUUUAGGAUUGAGCCCACGUGUCAACACACAUGAACAUGUUUCGUCUUCCUUUAGGGACAAUGUCGAGGGGUUUGGCGCUUGUCACAUCCAGAAUUAUGCGACCAGAUGACGCCAACAUCGUGGGUAACGUCCAUGGUGGGACAAUCCUGAAGAUGAUUGAGGAAGCUGGGUGCAUUAUAGGAACUCGCCACUGUAAUACUCAAACUGGGGACCGCUGUGUUGCUGCCCUGGCACGAGUGGAGCGCACUGAUUUCCUGCACCCCAUGUUCAUUGGCGAGGUGGCCCAUGUGAGCGCGGAGAUCACCUACACCUCCAAACACUCUGUGGAGGUGCAGGUCAACGUGGUGUCUGAAAACAUACUGACAGGUUCCAAGAAGGUGACCAACAAGGCAACCCUGUGGUAUGUCCCCUUAUCACUUCAAAAUGUGGACAAAAUUAUUGAAGUCCCCCCCAUUGAGUACUCCAGUCUUGGCCAGGAAGAACUGGGUAAGAAGAGGUAUGAAGCUCAGAAGCUUGAACGAAUUGAAACAAAAGAAAGGAAUGGCGAGAUCAUUACACCAGUUUUUCUUCCUGAAAGACAGACAAAAGAACCAUAUACUGUUGGAUUCAGCCAGUCGAGCCUCAUCCACCUGAUUGGUCCUUCAGAUUGCACUCUGCAUGGCUUUGUACAUGGCGGUGUGACCAUGAAGCUGAUGGACGAGGUGGCAGGAAUCGUGGCCGCUCGUCACUGCAAGACCAACAUUGUGACUGCGUCUGUGGAUGCCAUCAACUUUCACCGCAAGAUCAAGAAAGGUUGUGUGAUCACAGUAUCCGGGAGAAUGACUUUUACUAGUAACAAGUCAAUGGAGAUCGAGGUGUUUGUGGAUGCCGAUCAGUUGGCGGACACAGAGAAGGGGAAAUAUCGGGCCGUCACUGCCUUCUUCACCUACAUUUCUCUGGACAAGCAAAACAAGCCGUUGCCUGUGCCUCCCCUGAAGCUGGAAGGUGAAGAGGAGCAGAAGCGUUUUGAAGAAGGAAAACUGCGGUACCUUCAAAACAAGGCAAAGAGAGUGGCGGACAAGGAGCAGAAACAAUGAUGCCCCUCAGUACACGAGCAUAAUAUAGUAGUGUAGCGGAAUAUUUUAGUAGAAUAAAGGUCUCAGUAAAAAACCUCUCUUAUCCUUAUUGUAGCCGAGUGGAUGAAAAGGGAAAAAAACUAUUUUACGUGAAUCAUACUUUCCAUGUUUGUUGUUUCACUGCUGCAUACCAAAGCACCUUGUGAACAGAGUAUUAUAUUAUGUAAGUCUUAUUUAUGUCUGAAGAGCCCUAUUUAUGAAACGCUUUGAUCAUUCUGUGCGAUAAUAAACAUGAUACGCUGAUAAAA